ACUGCAUCAAAUGAAAGGACAAUACACCUUGGAUCAACAUUGAAUAUAUUCAUUUCAAUUUCACUUGAAUUUCAUUUCACAAAGAUAAAAUAAAAAAGAAAUAUCAUCAUUGUUAUUCAUUCAUUUAUUAUUCCAUCACUGCCUUCGAUUUCGAAGAAAAAAAUGAUACCAGGUGUUUGUGAUACAACAACAGAUAAAUCAACAUCAACAACAACAACAACACCAGCAGCAACUACAACAAUGAUGAAUUCACGUGCGAUGAACAAGAAGAAUACCUCAACAAUACAAGUUAUUGGUGGUACAAUUAAUCAUCAACAACAGCACGGAUUAAUGUGUUCACAGCAAUCAAUAUUAACAGCAAUGGAACGUUUUGUACGUUCAAUGAAUAAUAUGGAUGCAACCGUAUUAGUACCAUCAAAAUUACGUGAUAUGGAUAAUAUUGGUUUAAAAACCGAACGUCAUAUUAUUCCAUCAACAUUUUCAAAUAUAGCUAAUCAGACGAAUGAAUUACAUAAUUUUUUUAUAAUGUUAAAUGAUGUUAAAAAAGAAUUAUUAUGGGGUUGUUCAACUAGCUCAACAAUUACUUCUAUGGCUCAAUCAUCAUCACCUAUAUCGUCAUCAUCAUCGUCAACUAGUCAUGAAUUUGUAUAUAAUAAUCAUCGUAGAAAUAGUACAAUCAACAAUAAUACAAUAUUAUUCAAUAGGUCAAUUAGUGUACAAUCAUCAUUGACUAAUCAAUCGAUAAUAAACAAUCAUAAUAAUUCAUCAAUUUUGGCAAUUAAUAAACAACAUAGUCGACAAUCAUCACAGGAAGAUUGUCUUGGUAGUAUUGGUUCAAGUGUAUCAUCAUCAUCCGAUACUGAAAGUGAUGCAGAUUCAAUGCUUACCGAUAGUAUUGAAGAUUCAACAUCACAUUUAUUUGUUUCAUUUCGUCAUCAUUUACAAGGAUUACAUUCAAUUCUUAAUCAAUUAGCUGAUUCAGCUGAUUUUCUUUCCGUUCGUUAUCAAGAAGAGAUUGGUGAUAUAUGAAGAAUAUUGAUCUAAUGAUAAUGAUGAUGAUUUGAAAAAAAAUCAUAAACAUCAUUUUUAUUUGAAACAAUUUAAAUGCCUCAUCUAUUUUGUUUGUUUUAUUAUAAACUGCUUCUUCUGCCUAUUUUUUUAGUUUCUUUUUUUAGUAUUCACCUCUUUGUUUUUUUAAAACCACCACAUCUGUGAUUGUGUGUGUUCUUUUUAUAUUCUUUAAUUAUCAUUUCAUUCUUUCAAGAUUUUGAAUAAUUCUUCCUCUAUCAAUCAAUCAAUCAAUCAAUCCAUCCAUCCAUCAUAUGGACUAAUCAAUCUUUUUUUCUUUGGU